GUCACCAUGAGUCUUCCAAGCCUCUUCCUCACACUCUCAGUUUGUUUAAGCAUGUUUUCCUCAUCUCAUCCAAACUCUGCUAAGAAGUCAGGUUGUUUCAGAGUCAACCACUGCAAAUGCAUCAUGAAGGAUGGGAGUGGUGUGAUAAACCUGAGAUCUAUGGAAGAUGCAGACGGUUUCCUGGGGCAUUUGAAGCCUGUGUCAGUAGACAACACGUCGGCCAGUGCGGAGAUCCUCCUGUCCUUCAGCCCCUGCCAGCCCUUCUCUCAGCCAGAGGAACUGACAGAAACUGACUGUAUCAACGUUGCUGCAUGCCUCGUUAUCAGGCAUCACAGGCUCAACAGAUACAUUAAUCACUAUAUCAGCUACGGGAGACAUGAAAAGAAUGAAUUCCACUACAACGACACGCUGAAGAUGCUGUCUGUCUCGUACCUUUCUCACGACGAGCAGCCGCUCACAGUAGUGCAUUACCACUGUAAUCCAAAUCAGUCCGCUUCCUUCAUCCGGGACCAGAGCCUCAGCGCCAAGGAGCCCCUGCAGAUCUGGGUGGAGAGCCCCUGUGCUUGUCCAAAUGCCUGUGCCAUGGGAGACCUGGGUUUAGGCACAAUAUUCCUCAUCAUCCUUUCCCUCAGUGCUGCCGCCUACUUCAUCCUCGGCUCAUGUGCUCUGAGGCCUUUUCGGAGCAGCAGCGGAGUCCAAAUCUCUCCGGAGCACAGCGUGUGGUGUAUGAUCUGCUACCUCUGCACUGAGAGAAGGCCAGAGAGAAGACACUAUGCAGACGUGACACACUGUGAACGAUAGACAGCUGCACACCUGGAACACUGCAAGAAGUCUCAAUGUUUUUUGACCUACUCCAUGAGAAGGCGUCAUGUCCCAUAGAGGGCCCAGAGUCAGUAUGGUUUGUUUUACAAUUCCCUGAAAGUGACAGGCUAACACUCCGUACAGCUUUGCACAUCAUUGUAUAAAUUAGUCAGGUUCUCUUUACUGAUUCCACGUGUCACAAAUGAUAAGUCUUUCUUUUAACCUUGUGUGGUUAAAAAAUGAUUUUAAAAAAAGUUAUUGCAUGUGACUAAAAGUCUUUUUUUUAUGUCACAAACAAAUGUGCAUGGAAGCAAACAAAGCAGACACUUGUUGAUGAAGCAUGUUUCACAUUGUUUAUAUUUUCAAAUUUAGCAUAUGUGACUAUUAAAAACAAAAAAAUCACAAAAUCACACAAAAGAAAUGAUUACAUAAGACCCUGCACC